UUUAGGGUCGCUAUUGGUGGUACAAACCUACUUCAGCCAGACGACCAUUUCCGCCAGAACAAUGCUAAAGGGCGUAGUAGCACUGGUUACAGGCGGAGCUUCAGGCUUAGGCCGGGCUACUGUAGAGAGAGUUAUUCGAGAGGGUGGCCGAGCUGUUAUAUGUGACUUAUCAACUUCCCAGGGAGCUAAAGUUGCAGAGGAAUUAGGGGAAAAGGCCAUAUUUGCUCCUACUGAUGUAUCAUCGCCAGCUGAUGUAGAAAAUGCACUUGGUAUGUGCAAGGAUAAAUUUGGACGACUAGAUAGUGUAGUUAAUUGUGCUGGUAUUGCAGUGGCUGUGAAAACUUACAAUCCUAAGAAACAGCUUGCUCAUUCCUUGGAAGACUUUGCACGAGUUCAGACAGUGAAUCUUUGUGGAUCGUUUAAUGUUAUUCGCUUGUCUGUUGGCCUAAUGGGUGAAAAUGUACCAAAUGCAGAUGGGCAACGUGGAGUGAUUGUGAACACAGCCAGUGUGGCAGCUUUUGAUGGCCAAAUUGGGCAAGCAGCCUAUUCAGCAAGUAAAGGAGGAAUUGUUGGGAUGACACUUCCUAUUGCAAGGGAUUUAGCACCUAUGGGAAUCAGAGUCUGUACAAUUGCUCCAGGUUUGUUCCUAACACCUUUACUUGAGGGUCUGCCUGAAAAGGUACAGAACUAUUUGGCUUCUACUGUCCCAUUUCCCAAGCGUCUUGGAAAUCCAGACGAGUAUGCUCAGAUGGUUCAAGCCAUAAUAACUAACCCAAUGAUGAAUGGAGAGGUGAUACGUGUUGAUGGAGCAAUUAGGAUGCAGCCAUAGGGAUUUUGAUAUGCAAAAUAUGUAACUAUAGGUUUGUGAAUUCAUUUUGUAAUCCAGGGGUAAAGUAAAAUAGAUAUUCCAAUUUUAGCUGUGACAUUCUAACAUUACUUAGGUAAGAAACAUGCACCAUAAUUCACUGUAGUUCUGGUUAUUUUUCACAUACAAAUUUUGCUUUGGAUUGUGGUGCUUGAGAUCAUGAGUUACUGUUUUGGAUCUUGUCUCAUAUUGUUGAUUCAAACUUUUAUUUGAAAUGAUGAUUUGCUUGUAAGUAUUCCAUUUUUUUCACAUCUUAAGUAUGAAUACAAGCAGUUUUCCAUGUUUUUAGUACUCUCUAGUUUACUUUGCCUUUGGUAUGU